AUGCCCAAAUCAAUCCUUGCUGUUAACGCGGGUUCGUCUUCCGUCAAAAUAACCUUCUAUACCUUCAAGAAUCCACCAAGAACCAUUGCAGAUGCGGCAAUCCCUGGAAUUACCGCACCCCCACCUACACUCAAGUACCAACAAGGAGACAAAAAGCACAAAGAGGAAAUCAAAGAAAAACUCAGCACCCCCCAAGACGCAUUCAAAUACCUCUUGCAGCGCUGUUUCAGCGAUCCCAAUCUUUCUGAAGUCGCCAGUGUCGACGAUCUAGAAUACAUCUGCCACCGAGUCGUCCACGGAGGAGACUACCGCGAUGCAGUCGAAAUCAAUGACGAGACACUUGAUCGCUUGAAAGGAUUGGAAGAUCUUGCACCUCUACACAACUUCUCCGCGCUGGAGAUAGUUCGCCUGUGCAAAGCCGAGCUCCCCAAAGUCAGAAGCAUCACCUUCUUCGACUCUGCUUUCCACCAGACAAUCCCCGAAGCCGUGCGCACAUAUCCAAUCAACCAGGAAACCGCGAAGGCGAAUGGCCUGCGCAAGUAUGGAUUCCACGGAAUCAGCUACUCGUUUAUCCUGCGGUCUGUAGCACAAUUUUUGAACAAACCGAUCGAGAAGACAAAUCUCAUCGUCAUGCAUAUCGGUAGCGGUGCCUCGAUCUGUGCGAUCAAGGACGGGAAGUCGGUGGAUACAUCAUUGGUCUUCCACUAUACCAACGAAGCAGGCAAGCUAAGCCCAGCCAGCACAUCAGAAAUGCACAUCAGCACGGCAGAAGAUAUUCUCAACAAACAGUCAGGUUGGAAAGCCCUCACAGGAACAACCGACUUCUCCCAGAUCGCGGUGGUGAACCCACCAAGCAAAGCACAUAAACUUGCAUUCGACAUCGUUGUCGACCGCAUUCAGGGAUACAUCGGCAGCUACUACGUUAAACUAGACGGUGAAUUAGACGGUGUAGUCUUCGCCGGCGGCAUCGGUGAGAAGAGCGCCUUGCUGAGACGGACACUGGUCGAUAGAUGCCAGUGUCUAGGUUUGGUAAUUGAUGAUACGGCUAAUGACAAGGGGCCUGGGGAUGAGGAGACGGUCAAGGAUAUCUCUAAGGGUUCCGGCAAGGGGCCCCGGGUUUUAGUUUGUCAGACCAAUGAACAGGUGUGUGGUUUCAAAUAUUGA